UCAGUCUGCGUGAGUACGAGUGCGUCUCACAAGGACUGUAUCUCAAGCAGGCGAAAGAUGGAUAGCACUGACCCUAUGCCACUGUCUCCUUUUAUUAACAACAGCUUUGCAAAGACGAAAGAAGGAAGCUUGUUAAAUCAGGUGAUGCCAUCUAAAGCCGCCACCGUGAUCCAAGUGGUGCAAAGAGCGGUGCAGAAGAGCUGCAUAAGGGCCUGCCAGCUGUUCUGCCUGCCUUUUGACCCUGUCACAUGUUGCUCAGCUAAAACUCAUCAGCCCAAGGAGAAUAAAAACAUUCAAGCAAUGGCCCUUCAGAGUCCGCCGUCAACAAUACUGAUCGUCAACAUCAGCAACUCCACGUUGAUUGACUGCGUCAUUGGAAACGGCACCUGUCCAGUGGCCGAGUGUCAGCCUCUCAUGCAGGAAACUGAGCGCCAUGUGAAAAGUCAGAUGAGGUUCAGCUGCUACGGCGGGAAACAGGAGGCAGCACAGGAUGCUGCUUUUCCGCCACUUCCUCCAUCAGAAGAGCAUCCGAGUAUCAGCAUCCACAGCUCCCACGUCAGCUACACCAUCAUUGGAGACAACAACAGCAUGCAUGUGGAUAUGAGUCAACCGUCCAGCUAAAACGGAAGAUUCACAAGUGUGCUACAUGUCCACACACACAUGCACAGACUCAAGAAACACUGUAGCCUCUGCCAGGAUUAUAACUUCAAUUUAGUAUCAGGGCAAACAUUGUCAGUCUGGAGGUGAGAGAUAACAAUGUCUCUACUAAUCAGAACUAUGCCAGAUAAUCAGUUCAUCAUCAUAAAACACAAAAACAGCUUUUUUUGUGGGCAUUUUGACCAUUAUGACUGUUGAUUUUUCGCUCUGGUCUGGUUUUUUUAUGGAUAAGUCUGUCACGUCAUGAUACGGGCUUGUGUUAAAAUGUAUGGCCUAUGGUCAUUAACAGUAGACUACUCAGUAGUAUUUAUUACCAGAGGUAAUUUGGAUUUCUUGUGUCUCUGUGUUUGACAUUGCUUAAUAUAAAAUAACUGUGACUUUGAUAUGUACAUAAAACUGAGUAAGAGGACUUUGAAUGAAUGAGUUUUAACUGUUGUAACUGUAACUGCUAUUAUAUUUAUAAUAAAGACUUCACAUACUGCA